AUGGUAUACUUGAGCUCUAAUUCGACUAGCUAUUGCGAAGGCUAUUGGGAUGUGGACGAUCUGACUAUCUGUGGAAGACAACUGAUAGAAGUUCUCAUUCUUAUUCCUUUAGCACUAAGUUUUUUAUCUGUCACAAGUAAUUGGGUCUUUGUAAGAUCCACAAAAGACCGUUCAGAGUCCAAAGAUGAUCCUGAACAGCAAUCUCUUUUAAAAUCCGCCUCUCCCGGUUACGCAUCAAUUGCAAACGCCACGCCUACGCCUAAUUUAUCCUUCAUUCAUGAAACCAAGGCCGAAGGUGUGAUAAAUGUUGUUUAUCGUGAUACGCCCGAGAAGAUCAAGCUGGUUCUUGAGCAGGUGUUUCUUCUUCUUCAGACAGCUCUCACUCUGCACUCGCUAUCGUUUAUCGACACAGAUUCCCAGUCUGCUUAUUGGUUCGCAAAAUAUGUCAAUCUCGCGUUCUGGAGCUAUUUGUCGGUGGUCACACUGAUUAGACUCCUCAACGUUUCUAAAGGACUCGCUCCAGAAAGACUAGAUCUUUGGGCGCACUGUGUUUCGCUUUACACCAUACAAUGGCUCAAUUCGGCCAUGCUGUUUCGGUCGGCCCUGCUCUACCAUACGGGCUCCAGCUCUGUUCGCAAUUACUUUAUCGCUCAAUUUGCAAUCAACACGAUUCUUGAGCUGAUCAUCUCAACAGAGAAGUUGUCGGAUAAGCCGGCACUUGUCUUCGUACAGGAAGAUACUAUCCCAUCGACGGAGCCGACGUCUUCGUUGUUGCAGAUAGUCAGCUUUGCAUGGAUUGACACAAUGGUCUUUAAAGCACGCUCUAAAACAAUUGAGCUCACGGACGUUUUGGGAUUGCGACUAGAGGAUUGCUCGCUCGUCCUUAUUUCUGCUUUCCGUCAGGUGGAUCCUUCGAAGAGUAUCAUCUUCAGAUUUGCUGUGAUGUUCAAAUGGGAUUUGCUGCUCCAGAGCUUCUACACUUGCUGCGAGUCUAUUUUAACCGUGAUUCCUUCAUUGGCCCUGAAAAAUAUACUGGAGUACGUCAGAAGCCCGGAAACCGCUUCUCUUAGCUUGGCAUGGUUCUGGAUCGUUGCUCCAUUUGUCUCUGACAUUCUUCAGUGUAUCUUGUCGCUACGUGGUGAGCACCAGGGAAGAAGAGUCUCGGCCAGAAUGAGAUCGAUUCUCACUGGAGAGAUUUACGCCAAAGCCUUGAAAAGAAAGCUGUCUGCAGCCGAGAAGAAAGACGAGUUGACCAAGGAGGAAGAGGAAAUUGGGGACUCCGAAGAGGAUAGUUCCACAGCGCGGGAUAUUGGAGGAAUCAUUAACCUCAUGGCAGUUGACACUUCUAAAUCAUCAGAAAUUGGUGGCAACUUGAACGCUGUUACCAGAACCGUUAUCAUGACUACCACAGCAAUCUAUUUACUUUUCCAUCUUUUAGGGUGGUCUUCGGUAGUUGGACUACUUGCACUUCUUGCUACAAUGCCAAUAACUUACAAGAUCUCUAGCUUGUUUGCCAAAACCCAAGAGAAGCUGCUGGCAAUCACAGAUAAAAGAGUUCAAAAACUCAACGAGACACUCCAAAAUAUUAGAGUCGUCAAGUAUUUCUCGUGGGAAGAUAGAUUCUCCGACAUCAUUCUGAAAAUCAGAAAGGACGAGCUGAAAGCUCUUUUAAGAUUGGAUAUCAUCUGGUGCUUCUCGGAUUUUACAUGGUCUGUUACUCCUUCGGUUGUUUCAUUUGCAACCUUUUAUUGGUACAAUUAUGUCCAAGGGAACCAGCUCACCACACCAGUGGCUUUCACUGCUUUGUCGCUGUUGAACCUACUCAGAGGUCCGAUUGAACAUCUGGCCCAUCUCGCAUCUGUUGUUAUUCAAUCUAAGGUCUCUUUGGAUAGAAUCGGAAGUUUCUUGAAUGAGUCAGAAACUUCCAAGUACGAACAACUAAGCGUGCCUAGAGGACCAGACUCACCACUUGUUGGUUUUGAAAAUGCAACGUUCUACUGGUCCAAGAACUCUGAGAGUGAGUUUGCAUUAAGAGAUCUUAACAUCAGUUUCAAGACUGGGAAGCUGAAUGUCAUCAUCGGCCCUACAGGGUCGGGAAAAACGUCCUUGUUGUUGGCCCUACUCGGAGAAAUGGACCUUGAUAAAGGUAAGGUGUUUCUUCCAGGGAUUACCUCUAAAGAGGACUUGAUUCCUAAUCCAUUGACCGGUUUGACCGAGUCUGUUGCAUACUGUGCGCAAUCAGCCUGGCUCCUCAAUGCAACCAUUAAAGAAAACAUUUUGUUUGGCUCACAUUACAACGAAGAGAGGUUCAAAGCCGUCAUUCACGAUUGUGGGUUGACCAGAGACUUGGAGAUUUUUGACGAUGCUGAAGAGACAGAAAUUGGAGAAAAGGGAAUCACCAUUUCUGGUGGCCAGAAACAGCGUAUUUCUCUCGCAAGAGCGAUUUACUCGUCAGCAUCGUACCUUCUUUUGGACGACUGUCUCUCAGCUGUCGAUUCUCACACAGCUGUUCAUAUCUACGAGCACUGUAUCAAGGGAAGCUUGAUGAAGAACAGAACGUGUCUGCUUGUUUCUCAUAACGUCUCUUUAACUGUUCAAGAGGCAGAAAAUGUGAUUCUGAUGGAAAAUGGCCGUGUCAAGGCUCAGGGCGAUAUUGAUGAACUUAACGGUAAAGGACUGUUGGGUGAAGGAUUCAUGAAAAGUAUCACACAGUCUAGAAAUGUGUCUUCUUCGAAUUUGGAAGAUGAGGCAGCCAAGGCCAUUGAGCACGUUGACGAAAACUUGGAGGAGAUCAAGGAACAGAAGCCAAGAUCAAAGUUGGUCAAAGACGAGACAAAGGCCGAAGGUGCAGUGAAGCUAUCCGUUUACUACUCCUACUUUAAGAAUUUUGGAACCAUUCCAUUCUACAUUGUUCUUGCGUUUGCAUUUGCUGCUGUGCAAGUUGCAAAUAUCGGACAGUCCUACUGGCUCAGAUACUGGGCUGGGAAGGAAGACCACGAGUCUCCAGCUGCUGUCCUAGCUGCUCUUGUUCCUGCUACCUACACGGAUGGAGACAAAUUGAAGUCAAGCUUGACUGCAUUUGUGCACAAUCUCAUCUGGGGCACGCCCGUCAUCACCACGGCAUUUGAGUCAGUCGGCGCCAAUCUUGAUGGCCAUGGACCAAUGUAUUAUCUUGGAAUCUAUGCAUUCAUCGGGUUUUUGUACGCUGGACUGCUAGCUUUCAGAUACUUUCUCUGUUUACUUGGUGGCCUCAGAAUGUCGAAAAGUACGUUCUCAAAGCUGCUUGACAACAUACUCCAUGCAAAGCUGCGGUUCUUUGAUCAAACUCCAAUUGGGCGUAUCAUGAACAGGUUCUCGAAAGAUAUUGAGGCAAUCGACCAGGGUAUCAUUCCGUCUGCUGACGAGUUCCUUCACUGUGUGAUUGCCUGUGCAGUUGUUUUAAUCAUGAUCUGUUUGAUCACACCGGCCUUUUUGGUGAUUGCAGCAAUCUUAAUCGUGGUCUACACCAUCAUUGGAACGCUGUUUGUGACCUUGUCGAGAGACCUGAAGCGAAUUGAGUCGGUGACUAAGUCUCCUAUUCACCAACAAUUUUCCGAAACUCUAGCAGGAAUGAUCACCAUCAGAGCAUACGGCGACCAGAGACGGUUCUUGAGACAAAACUUGGAGCAGAUUGAUACCAACAACAGGCCAUUGCUAUACAUUUGGAUCUGUAACAUGUGGCUUGGAUUCAGAGCACAUAUGAUCGGUGCUACCAUCACAUUUUUUGCAUCUGUUUUUACGAUCUUGAACGCAGCUAAUCUGGAUGCUGGAUUGGCCGGUAUUUCUCUGUCUCUAGCUGCCACGUUCAGACUGAGUUCUGUCUACCUUGUUGAGUGCCAUUCUCAUGUUGAGAUGGAGAUGAAUGGUGUUGAGAGAGUGCAGGAGUAUGUGGACGGAGUUGAUAAAGAACCCCCAAUGGAACUGCCGCAAGAUCCCGUCAACUCUUGGCCGUCCAAGGGAGAGAUUGACGUUAGGAACAUCUCUAUUAAGUAUGCACCAGAUCUUCCAAGAGUCAUUGAUGGCGUUUCCUUCCAUGUUAAUUCAGGGGAGAAAGUUGGUGUUGUUGGUCGAACGGGAGCCGGAAAGUCUACGAUCAUUACCAGCUUUUUCAGGUUCGUUGAUCUUGAUAGCGGCAGCAUCACCAUUGAUGGUCUGGACAUCUCCAAACUCGGCCUCAAGACACUGAGAAAGGGAUUAUCGAUUAUUCCCCAGGAUCCAACGUUGUUCACGGGUACUAUUCGCUCCAACCUAGACAUGUUUGACGAGUACUCGAAUCUACAGAUGUACGAAUCGCUUCGCAGAGUGAACUUGAUCUCCAACGAUGACUACCAGCAGGCUGUGGAGAAUAAUGGAGGAAGAGUCGAAGAUAGUGCUGCUGCUACCGAUGAGAAUGUGAACAGAUUCCUGAAUCUGGACUCUGAGGUCACAGAGGGUGGAGAGAAUCUGUCUCAAGGUGAAAGACAGCUGUUGUGUCUUGCGAGAUCUAUCUUGAAAACCCCAAAAAUCCUGAUGCUUGACGAGGCAACUGCAUCUAUUGAUUACGCAUCAGACGCCAAAAUCCAGACCACCAUCAGAGAAGAGUUUUCGGCAAGCACGAUUUUGACCAUUGCACACCGUCUCAAGACGAUCAUCGAUUAUGAUAAGAUCCUGUUGCUUGACCACGGCAAGGUGAAGGAAUUUGAACAUCCCUACAACCUCAUAACCAACAGCAAGACGGAGUUUCAUAAAAUGUGUCAGGACACUGGAGAGUACGAGGAGCUAGUCAAUUUAGCCCGUCAAGCAUAUAAAAAAAGCCGAUAG